AUGGCUAACAAUGCAUCAGCCUGUGCUGAGAGGGCAACUAGUGACCUGCUGAUUGGGCCAGACUGGGCAAUUAACAUAGAACUGUGUGAUAUCAUUAAUAUGGAUCCUAGGCAAGCAAAGGAUGCAAUAAAGAUACUUAAGAAGCGAUUGGGCAAUAAAAAUCCCAAAAUACAACUUCUGGCUCUUUUUGCAUUGGAAACCCUUAGUAAAAAUUGUGGUGACAGUGUAUUUCAACAGAUCAUUGAGCGGGAUAUCUUACUUGACAUGGUUAAAAUAGUGAAGAAGAAGCCUGACUUAAGUGUGAAGGAAAAGAUAUUGAUUUUGAUUGAUACAUGGCAAGAAGCUUUUGGUGGACCAAAUGGAAGGUAUCCCCAAUACCAUGCGGCAUAUAAUGAAUUAAAGUCUGCUGGAGUUGAAUUCCCCCCACGAAAAGAGAAUAGUGUUCCUUUCUUCACUCCUCCUCAAACCCAGUCAGUUGGUCAUCUUGCUGCUGCAGAAUAUGAUGCUUCUGCUAUUCAGCCCUCUAUUCAGUCUGAUGCAUCUGGCCUUAGUUUGCCAGAGAUUCAGAAUGCUCAAGGACUAGUAGAUGUAUUGACUGAAAUGCUUAAUGCCUUGGAUCCUAAAAAUCCUGAGGUUGUGAAGCAGGAGGUGAUUGUUGACCUUGUUGACCAGUGUCGAUCUUACCAAAAGCGUGUUUUGCUUCUUGUGAAUGAGACUGCGGAUGAACAGCUUUUAUGUCAGGGGUUGGCACUGAAUGACAGUCUUCAGCGAGUGCUUAGUCAACAUGAAAAUAUUGUAAAAGCAAAUCCUGAUACAGGCACAAGAGGAGCAGAAACAUCUAUUCUUCCAGUUGUAAAUGUAAACAAUGAAGAGGAUGAUGAGUCAGACGAUGAUUUUGCCCAACUAGCCCAUAGGUCAUCACGAAUUACUAAUGCAGAGAGACGGAAACAAGUCAAUGACAAGACAGAACCAGUGAGAGUAAACCCAAUUCUUCCCCCACCACCAGCACCAAAAAAACCAAUCUUCUCUGAUGCUGGUAUGAUUGAUUACCUCAGUGGUGAUGCGUACAGAACAGAAGGAUCCUAUGAACACUCUGAACCAAUUUCAUAUGCCGAGCCCCUUCAUUUUAGUUCUAAUAAUCCUGUUUCAACCACUGCAACACUGUCUUCCUCUCCGCCUCAUUCUGCAAGUACCUCAUCACCGAUUUUAAGCAGGCAGCCUCUGUCUGAUGAAUCAUCUUCCAUCAAUAAAUCCUCAGAAAUCCUUAUUGCAAAUCCUCGUGAAACACGAUCUCCAGGUUUUGUUACACAGCCCCCUUCAAUGGUUAAUCAGAGACAGCAAUUUUCUGAGCAACAAGGUGUGUCUCAUCCAAGUUCUGGGUCCAGUUCCUCAAAUGACAGCUUGUUGGCACAAACCCAGAAUCUAUCUCUGAAUUCAUCUACUCCAACCAAACAAGAGAAGCCGGAAGAUGUCCUUUUUAAAGAUCUACUUGACUUUGCAAAAUCCAAAACCUCAUCACCCUCCAAACCCAGUAGUAGACCAUUUUGA